AUGAGUAACCAAGACAAUCAUGAGUUAUGGCUUCAGGCCGUAGAAAAGUACAAACGUAACCUCAGCACCGAGGAUCGUGCUGUUUUUGCUAAACAAAAACCUGAAGAUAUCAAAAAAAUCAUUACUGCUUUGUCGCAACCGCCGCCUGGCAAGACAGGUAAACUGCAAGAUACCAAGGCAGCGCUAUCACCAGACGCCACCGCCAAUAUAAAAAACAUGACACAGCUAUUUUCCACAUUUACAUCAUGGCUCCCAGAAGUAUCAACCACAAUUUGGAUCAGCGUCCAUCUUCUCAACGAGCGGAAAAACGUCAAUUCAGAGACACUCAGAAUCUUUGAUGAAACUGCCGAGUGUCUUUCUUCUUCCGUGCCAGAUUUCGGCGCGUUUCAAGAGGUGUUUGCCGACAUGAACGACGUCGAAAGUGGUAUCGUUGAAUUUUAUUCUCGUGUCAUCACAUUUCUCUUGGCCGCUUUGGAUCAAACAAAGCAAUCUUCUCGCCGGACACACAAACUCGGCAUAGAAGCAGCUCCAAUCGCCUUGUCGAAAGCGGGAGCUGCGAUCCAGGAUCAGAAGCAGCGCGCUUCUUUUGCAAUCUCCGGUCUCGGUGGCGUUGGAAAGACACAGAUUGCCCUGAAGUUCGCUUAUGACAAUCUUGAUCGCUAUCCAAUUGUCCUGUGGAUACAGGCCGAUAAUAAACAGAAGCUUGCUGAGUUUUAUGCCAAUGCAGCUAAGCGUCUUCACACUGAACCUGACGACUCGCAAAAGGAUGUCGAUGCUGUUUCCACGGUUCUAAAGACAUGGCUGAGCGAGUCAGACGUUGAGUGGCUGCUGGUGUUUGAUAAGGCAGACGACCUCAACGUACUGAAGCCAUUCUGGCCGCCGGCCAAUCGAGGCGCCAUCAUCAUCACCAGUCGAAACACAGCUGGUACGAGGGUGGCAGAUUCUGGAAUACUCAUCUCUCCCCUGUCAUCGGUGGAAGGGGAAACAUUAUUCAUCACUCUCUUGACGUCUCGGGGAUCAAUCAUUCACAGUUCAGACACCCACAAUAAGGAUAAGAUAUCGGAAAUAGUCAAAGAGCUAGGAUAUCUGCCGCUGGAGAUUGUCCAAGUUUCUAGUUUCAUUCUAGACUGCGACUGCACCGUGGAAGAGUUUCAGGAACUUUAUCAUUCAUCUCACCAAGCCAACAAGGGCAUAUCAGAUAUGGAGACGACAUCACCCAACCUUUUUCAUGAGUAUUCUCUCGCGACUGUGUGGCGAGUAUCCACCGUGAUGCUCAGCAAAAAUGCAUUGAAGCUUCUGCGCCUUAUGUCCUACUUUGACCCCGAUGGCGUUCCCGAAUCACUUUUCUGGGAUGCUGGCAAAAAGUCGAAAGUGAAAGCUCUUUCAUUUCUUCAGCCUGGCUUUGCCUAUGAUACCGCAGUGCAGGAACUCAUUUCCCGCAGUCUUAUCACCAAAGCUGAAUACGGGGCCGUGGCAGGGCAAGCCGGUACAAAAGCUCGGAGCCUGACAGUUCAUCGAUUGGUGCAAGAGACAGUAUUCCAUCAGCUUACCGAGGAGGAACAAGCUGAUCUCUUAGAUGAAGCGCUAACUAUGCUACUGACAGUUUGGCCAAUGAACAAGGAAAAUCCCUUCAGAAUGAAUGCAUUUUGGCCUUUGUGCUCUCUAUACCUCCCUCAUGUACUCGCUCUGGAGGCCCGAUGCAGAGAUGCCUCAUACCUUGAUCCUCCCAGUGGAUUUGUACAACUGUUUUUCCAUGCCUCUUGGUAUCUAUUCGAGCGACGGCUUUCCGAGUUUGCUUUCCCUUUGCUGGAGACGGUAAGAUCAAUUUGUGCUCAAAACGGGGACACAGACCCGUGGUUCCCGAAGCUCAUGACAGCUUAUGGAUGCGUGUGUCUAGAGGCCGACAAGCUAGAAGAGUCUGCGGACUGGUUCUCCAAGGUUGUCACUAUCUAUCGUGCCAACUAUGAGAGAGAGCAAAAAGAGGCUGCCCAAGCCGAAAGCGAGCACACCUGGCUUUUAGCCAUAUCUCUUUCGGACUGGGGAUGCGCCUGUACUGGGAUGGGCCAGUAUGGCCGUGCUGAGGAACUAUUCAAAGAGGGACUAUCCGCGAUGAAAGGUGUGAGUAACAAACACACAUACAAGGAAUGGAGUGUGCAUAUAUCACACAACCUGUCACGCCUCUACACACACAUGGGUAUCCCAGAGGAGUCGAUCAAGCUGCAGUUCGAGUACGGCGACGAAUUUGCAGACGGUCUCAUUGUUGAGAAUACGCAACGCGGUGCGCUGUUCCUGUACGGCAUCGGAAACUCCUAUCUUGGCCUUGCGCUCAAGGACAACACAGAAAGUGCUCAGAACAGAGACCGCGGUUUUGAAUUUCACAGACGGGCUCUACGAAUACGACAACAGGUUUGCGGUGAGCAGUUUGUCACGGCUAUCUCGCUGCACAAGAUUGGCAUGCUGCUUUACCAGACGGGUGACUUUGAAGGAGCUUGUGAGACUUUGGAACACGCUAUCGGCAUUUUUAAACAGUCCUUUAUGGCAACUAGGGAGAAGGCACGAUCGCUAUUUUACAUGUCUCUUGUAAAGGAAAAGAUGGGGGAAGAUGCUGAGGCCAAGACAUUGCUUGAUGAUGCUUGGGAUUACAUGACGGAGGCUACAGGAAUGAAGAGGGAUGCAAAGAAUGAAAAAGACACAGGUCUAUUUGACAAUGCGGUUCUAUAUGUCUAUUACUAG